AUGGUUUGUGCACCUCCGGCCACGUCUCUUUAUCCCGAAUUCGGACAAUUUAUCGAUAAAGAGGCCAAGAUAGACCCGCGAUGCCAUAAGUUCCAAAGGUCUCCAGUGGCAUCAGGCCCUGUCGUAUCACUGUUUCUGCCGACUGACCUUCCCAUCCUCACCAUGCGUGUUGACAUGACCGUUCCGGAGAGAUUCGUUCUACCUGAGUUAUUAGAAGAUGAGGGAGAAAUUCAGUUGUGGCCACGCCCGUUGGCGUUGCCUCUACGGCGCUCCUCUCAGAAGCCUCAGGACUCUUCCGAAGCGGCGUUGAAUGCAAAGAUCAAGGGUCUUCGCGACGAGAACGACAAAUUGAAGCAAGAGAUGUACGCAUUGCGCGACAAGCAGCGCAGUAAUCACGGACGCCUGGAAAUCCUGCGCGAGCAGGGAGGUUAUCAACGACAGGCGCUUCGGGAGCAAACCAGGGAGAUAGCGGAGGUCAUCAGCGUAGUGGGGGAGGUCUUUCUCGAGUAUGAAGACUGGGUGCAAAGGUCGAUGGGCUUCGGGGUAUCUUCGCCCCGAAUGGAGCCUCCAAGCAGUUAG